UGUUUUCUUCUUCUCCCUUCAGGCCCAAUUAAAAUAUCUUCAGUGCAUAGCAAUUUCCUGCCUUGUCCUUGCAGCAAAAACCAAUGAAGAAGACGAGGUAAUACCAUCGGUGAAGAUGCUUGCAGCGCAGAGUGGUUGUAAACGCUCGCCAGCUGAGAUCUUGAGAAUGGAAAGAAUUAUACUAGAUAAGCUGCAUUGGGAUCUUUACACAGCAACACCAAUGGAUUUCUUAAACAUUUUCCAUGCCAUGGUGAUGUCCAACUGGCCCCAUCUACUACAUGGGCUGCCUCAGAGGAAUCCUUCCCGCCAUGUCGCGUUCUUGACCAAACAGCUACAGCACUGUAUGGCGUGCCACCAACUAGUGCAGUUUAAGGGCUCCACAUUGGCUUUGGUGAUCAUCACCUUAGAGCUGGAGAGGCUGACUCCUGACUGGUUUCCUGUUAUUACUGAUCUGCUAAAAAAAGCACAGGUUAACAGCGCUGAAUUCAUCCACUGCAAAGAGCUUGUGGAUCAAAAGCUAACGUGCUUGCAGCCAUCCAAUGCCGUUUAUAUUUUCUGUCCCAUCAGUGGAGCCAUCCAGGGCCACCCCAAGGCAAGGCUACCCUACCACCUCCCUCCUGGAUUGAGGAAUCCCCGUCAAGUGAGGUCGAGGGGUGCUGCGAGCCAGCCAGUUUUGGCACCCUUCACGCCUACCGCAGCCCAGACUCCUGACGACGCCAUGGAGACUGACGAAUACUACGAUGGAUUCGGGCACCUGUACAGCGAGGACGGGGCAGCGAGCGGUGGGAGGGCGAACGCGGGUGGCUCGUGCCCUCAGCCGCGGCCCGGAGAAGGCAGCUCCCCGUGCCCUCCCUUACAGCCGCCGGCGGGGGACUAG